AUGCGUCAAGCGGGCCAAUGUAUGCCUGCAGACGAUGGCGAGGGAUCUGACACGUCAAUCGCAGAGCCUGAGGAUAGCGAGCUGAGCGAUUGGGACAGUCUCGAAGUCGACGAUGUUGAAUACACAGACGAGGAUCUAAAAGACUUUGGACGACCAGGACGACGGCGCCAUAUCGGAGAUCAUGAUUCGACACUGUUCGGCAACAUGCAGGAGUACGUGUGGGCGCAAACGACUCUGAGCAAGGAGAAGUAG